AUUGGGCUGGAUUGAAUUGGGUUAAUCUAGCAUUAUUACUACAUACACACGCACGCACAAAAUCCUCUUCCCUCAACUCCUCUCCCAGGUUUCUUCUUCUCUCUCUAACUUCCGUCUUUGCGCUCUCUCUCCUGCAUGGCAAUUCGGAAAUCCAAAUUUCACAAUUAGGGCUCAGGGGGAGAAACAUAAUCGAUCGCUGCUGAAAACCGCGUUGAGAUGUAAUUUUAGGGCUUUCAAGGCUUAUCCUCACGGGAAUCGAGUUAAUCGCCUAUUUUAUUUUUUAGGUUUAAUCUAGAAUCGGUGUUAGGGUUUUGUCGCGCAUGAAGGGCCCAUUGGAUCGAACGAAGGUGGUGCUGCGGCACUUGCCGCCGACGAUUACUCAGUCAAACCUUGUCGACCAAAUUGAUUCUCGCUUCUCCGGCCGCUACCAUUGGCUUGCUUUUCGACCUGGAAAAUCCAGCACAAAGCAUCUAAAAUACGCUAGAGCUUACAUUGACUUUAACAAGUCAGAUGAUGUGAUUGAGUUUGCCGAGGUUUUUAAGGGCCAUGUCUUUGUCAAUGAGAAAGGUACACAGUUUAGAACAAUUGUUGAGUAUGCUCCUUCACAACGCGUACCGAAACAGUGGUCUAAGAAGGAUGGCCGUGAAGGGACUAUAUUGAAAGAUCCUGAAUACUUGGAGUUCCUUGAGUUUCUUGCAAAGCCUGUUGAGAAUCUUCCCAGUGCAGAGAUACAGUUGGAGAGGAAGGAAGCAGAACGAGCUGGUGUUCCAAAGGAUGCUCCUAUAGUCACCCCGUUAAUGGACUUUGUUCGUCAGAAAAGAGCUGCAAAGGGUGGAGGUCGGAGGACUGCGAUGAAUGGAAAGCCAGCUAGAAGAGGCGGUGGAAUGUCAUCUAGGAGUCAAGUCUCUGGUUCUUCGAAAAGAGGCUCUGAGAAGAGGGCAUCUACUACUAUGCAGUAUGUAUUAAGGGACAGUUCCAAGAUUAUGGGCAACAAAGAUAAAUCAUCUUAUUCAUUGGUCCGUAAACUAGAUGAUCAACAGUUGAAUGACAAAUCUAUCACUUCAGCAUCUAUAGCACGAAAUGAAGCAUUAGAAGGGGGAAAUGGAGGUACAGGACCCACUGGUCUCGGGAAGAAAAAAAUCCUACUUCUAAAAGGAAAAGAAAAGGAAAUUCCUAAUGUUUCUGGCGGUCCGUUACUGCAACAGAAUACAGUCUCUCCUGACAAAGCUGCUGCCCAAAAACAUAAUCAGCAGCGCGAAGCUAGUGGAAAGAUAAUCAGGAGCAUUCUUCUCAGCAAGGAUACUCGUCAAAAUCAACCGUCUUUGGGAUCACAAUCAGAACUGCUUAUCCAGUCUCCUAAUCAGGAAAGAGACAAGAAACCUCCUCGACCCCCAAGUCUGCAAUCACUUCCGAAGGAUACAAAUGGGGUUCCUGAGGAUAAGUUAGUCUCCAAUGAUUUGCAUGCCGGCCCCACAGAGAAGCAGGAAAGGCGGGCAAGGAACAAGGAUAGACCUGAUCGUGGUGUUUGGACUCCACUUCGACGUUCGGAUGGAUUGCAUUCUAGUGAUGACUCAUUAUCCUUGUCUGCUUCACAGAUAUCUGAAGCAGGGGAUUCUGCUGAAGGAACUCAUGUAGAAUCAAAACAAGAUAUACUGGUCACACGUGGUGGUGGUCGUGGUAGGCGUUACUCAUCUGACAAUGGAAAUACUGUAGGGUCUUAUAGGCAAGGGGUUCGACGUGGCUCAACUUACAAUGUGAAGGAAGCAGAUGGCUCUUCUGCUGUAGAGGGGAAAUCUUCAAAAAGGGGAGGUUCUUCUGGCUAUGCUUCUCAAGAGAAACAAGUGUGGGUCCAAAAGUCCAGUUCAGCUACCUAGUUUGGUUGCAUAUGUGAAAUGCUUUUGUGAAUUGCCAUAUUGAAGCAUAAAUCAGGAUGGCAGAGAGAAUAUCCUGCAAAUGCAGUGUAUGUGGAGACAGAUGUGUUUUGCUUGGAAGACCAUAGAGGCCUUCAGUUUUGCCUGAAUGCUACAGAUGGUGUAUUUACUGUUUGGUGGAUUAAGAAAUUAUGAUCCUAAGUUGAAGAUGGUCAGGGAAAAAGCAAGAAGUUGCGAAGGUGAAUAUGUCGAGCAUAUAACACCACCAUAUUGAUCGGUGUCCCUUUGGUAGGUUUAUACUAAUUGACAGGGCUACGCAUCUCCAAUUCUUGCCAUUGAUUCACUUCUAUCAGGGAUGAUGACUUCGUUCGCUGAACUGUAAAUACAAAUCUGAAGUGCAGUAUACUGCUACUGCUAUAUAUAUGUUUAGUCCAGCAGUCUUCUACCUGGGUUCAGUAAAUUUAUGAUUAUAGACCCUGGUUAGUACCGCGAUUUACUGUAACCAGCUUUUGCUUAAACCCAGUUGUAAGUGGUUUUAGUUGUAUGAUGCCCAACUAAUCUGUGUGUGUAUCUUGAGGAAACGGGAUUUGAGAAUGACUGCCAGAGCUUGACAGUGUGCUUUUAGCUCAAUUGCUUGUUGAUUUGAAUGAGAAAUAGAUUGAGCAUUUCAUGGCA